GAACUAGAGAAUGGAAGAUCACUGAAUGAUGGCAAUUAAUAUAAAGUUUACUCAACUAAAGGCUUUUUCCAUCACUCUGAAUCUUCUUUGUUUUGAUGUCAGCUUAGAAAAGAAAAAGGAGAGAGAGAGAAGAAAGAACAGAGUGUAUCAGUCACUGUACUUCCGCAAGCUUCCAAGCUCCCCCCCAUCACUGUACCCUCUCCCCCAUUCAAAUAAUGGCUCUGAUAAAAUCUAAUAUAUUAUUUUAAUCAAUCUUCUUAGGAUUCUUGUGAUUGAGGAGAGGUCUCUCUCGAGACUUGAGUAUAGACUAGAUACGAAAAAGAGAAGAAAAAAAAAAGAUUCUCUCUUUCGAUGGAUUACGAACGAAUCGGAAAGACCCAGGUAGUAGGCGCCGGCUUGUCUCCGAGGAAGCUAAGGAGUAUGCUUCUUCUGGGUGCUGCUGAUAAAAAGAAGAAAGAAGAUAUGCUUGAACCUACUCCUCCAAUUAUGAGAUCUGGGUCAACUCAAAGUGAUGACCUUGUUGCUAGUGGGUCAGAUGAUUGCAAAGACGUUGAUGUUGUGUGUGAGAUUACUGAUGAUUAUGACGACAGUGUGAAUGAAGCCAAGAGUGUUUCUGCAACCCUCUUUGAGUUUCAAAAGACAGAAAAGGACAAGGUCGCUCAAAGACUUCCCACUAGAUCAUUCUCCAAACCUGCUCCAUCUAAAUGGGACGAUGCACAGAAAUGGAUCGCUAGUCCCACAUCUAACCGACCAAAGACGACAGCAGGAGGACAGGUUCAUCAGGCCCAUCAUGGGUCAAAGAAAGGGCCUAGCUUUGGUCGGCAGUCUUCUAUGAAGAUUCUUGAAGUUGCUGCUGCUGAUCAAAGAGCUACUACGGUUGAAGAGCCUGUUGAUACAAAGCGAAUAGAUGUGAGCCAAGUGAGAAAGGAGACGGCUGGACACAAGUUUGUCAGCUGGGAAGUGGAUUCAUAUCUCAAACCUGUUGACAACUCCAUUGUAGCAUCAGCAACUGAAGUUAAUCUCAGCCGUCAUGACUCGUCUAUUGCAACUGCGUUUGCUCAACCGCCUUCAACAGCGAGAUCUGUGUCCAUGAGAGACAUGGGAACCGAGAUGACUCCAAUAGCGAGCCAAGAACCUUCAAGAAACGGGACGCCGAUCAGGGCUACAACGCCGAUCAGAAGUCCUAUAAGUUCUGAACCUUCAAGUCCCGGGAGAAGAAGACAAGCAUCAGCUUCUCAGAUGACUAACAAGGAGCUCUCAGAGAAAGAGCUACAAAUGAAGACUAGAAGAGAGAUAAUGGAGUUGGGGACACAGCUUGGGAAGUUAAACAUUGCUGCUUGGGCUAGCAAAGAGGAUGAAGACAAAGAUGCUUCCACAUCGUUGAAGAACAAAGAUGCUUCUCUACAAACGUCUAAGAGUGUUUCUGAAGCUCGUGCUUCUGCGUGGGAGGAAGCGGAGAAGGCUAAGCACAUGGCUAGAUUUAGACGGGAAGAGAUGAAGAUACAAGCAUGGGAGAAUCAUCAGAAGGCGAAAUCCGAAGCUGAGAUGAGGAAAACAGAGGUGGAAGUUGAAAGGAUAAAGGGACGAGCGCAAGACAGGUUGAUGAACAAACUAGCUGAGAUCGAGAGGAAAGCAGAGGAGAAGCGAGCAGCGGCUGAAGCGAAGAAGAAUCGUCAAGCAGCUAAAACAGAGAAACAAGCUGAACAAAUCAGAAGAACAGGCAAAGUACCUUCAUUGAUGUCCUCUUGCUUUAGCUUUUGUUCUUAGUAACAACAAACAACAUGGAAGUCCAAUCUUUGUAUUAUUUUUGUACAAUAUAAGCUUUGUCAAAGUACAUUUUUUUUAAUUGGUGACAUAUUCAUCUUUGUUACUUUGUAGAUCUUUCAAUCGGUUUAUAACUCUUCUGCUUCA